AUGGACAUUAAGGCCAAUAAGACCUUGAACAGCUUCAUGUCUCUUCUGACACAUGAAGUUGCGACAUCCUCAAACUCCUCACCUGAAAAAUCUUUCAUUCUUAAAAUCCUCACUCAUUCGCCGACGACCAUCUCCCUCACUGCUUACGGCGGCUCCAUGCGUUUUCGACACCCUGCCACCGCCACCCACCGCCACUACCACCUCUGA